CAUUACUAUCAAUGAAAAUACGAAGCAAAUUACGUUAAAUGUUCAUGAAAUUGAAGUUCAAGCUGCUAAACUUAAUAGUAUCGAUGCAUCAGAUAUAUCAUAUAACAACGAAAAACUGACCGUAACUUUUACUUUUCCAAAUGAAAUGCAAGCCGGCGCAUCAGCUGUUUUGAAAAUCGACUUCAAAGGAAAUCUAAAUGAUAAGAUGUGUGGCUUUUAUCGUAGUUCUUAUACCGAUGCUACAGGCAGCAAAAAAUAUUUAGCUACCACCCAAUUCGAAGCUACCGAUGCUCGUCGUGCUUUUCCUUGUUGGGAUGAACCAGCAAUCAAAGCUACUUUUGACGUUGCUUUGAUUGUCCCGACAGAGCUUGUGGCAUUGAGUAAUAUGAAUAUGGCCUCUGAAAAGCCAAUUGAAAAUAACAAAAAAGAAGUGAAGUUCGCAAGGACACCGAUCAUGAGUACUUAUCUUAUGGCGUUUAUCGUUGGAGAUUUGGCUUAUAUCGAGAAAUAUACAUCUGGUGAAUACAAUGAUAAAAAACCAGUUCUUGUCCGAUUUUAUGCAACUAAAGGGUCUGAGAAACAAGGCGAAUUCGCAUUGGAUGUUGCGACUAAGGCACUUGACUAUUUUGCUCGAGUCUUCAAAAUCCCAUAUCCCUUGCCAAAAUUGGACAUGGCUGCAAUUCCUGAUUUCGAAGCAGGUGCUAUGGAGAAUUGGGGUCUUAUCACGUUUCGUACAGUUGCAAUUUGUUUUGACCCAAAAGCAUCUAACGCGCAAUAUAAACAACGUAUAGCCUAUGUUGUGGCUCACGAAUUGGCCCAUCAAUGGUUUGGAAAUCUUGUUACAAUGGAAUGGUGGGAUCAUCUCUGGCUUAACGAAGGAUUUGCUACUUGGGUUGGUUAUUUGGCAAUAGAUGAAAUCUUUCCAGAGUGGGAUAUUUGGACACAAUAUGUAGUUGAGAGUUACCAACUAGGUCUCCAACUUGACUCCCUUCGUUCAUCUCAUCCUAUUGAAGUCCCCGUAAAUAAUCCCAGUGAAAUUCUUCAAAUCUUCGACGCUAUAAGUUAUCACAAGGGCUCCUCUGUUAUUCGAAUGCUAGCUUCCUAUCUUGAUGUGGAUGUUUUUUAUGCUGGUAUACGAAGAUAUUUGAAAGCUCACUUGUAUGGAAAUGCGAGUACAAAUGAUUUAUGGGAGAAUUUAUCGAAAGAAAGUGGGCACGAUGUGGGUAGAUAUAUGGCUGGAUGGACGAGAAAAGUUGGGUAUCCAGUACUCCAUGUUACUGAACCUCAACCGAAUAAUAUACAUGUCAAGCAAACUCGAUUUCUUUCAACUGGUGAUGUUACCGAAGCAGAUGACACUCAUAUUUGGUGGAUACCUCUUGAAAUUAGCAUAGGAAAAUUUACGCCUGAGAAUGUUAAAUCCCAGGUACUUACAACUAAGGAAGCUGAUUUCGCAUUUCCACAAGUCGAAGGAGAUUUCCUCAAGUUGAACACACACCAAGUUGGGGUAUUUCGAGUCAAUUACAUGCCUGAAAGAUUAAAGAAAUUGGGAAAGUCCAUCAAAAAUGGUGAGUUAUCGGAUACGAGUGAUCGUGUAGGCAUCGUAGCCGAUGUAGGCGCCUUAACAGUGAGUGGAUAUGGAAAGUCGAGUGGACUCUUGAGCUUGUUGAAUGAAUUCGAAAAUGAGGAUAAAUAUAUUGUGUGGGUUGAAAUUAAUUCUCGUAUCACGAAAUUUAUCAUCGUAUGGUUUGAACAGCCCGAAGCUGUUUAUCAGGGUCUUUUAUCAUACAAACGAAAAUUAUUCUCGAAAUUGGCACUCAGAUUAGGUUGGGAGUAUCCUGAGAAUGAAGAUUAUCUAACUGCAAUGUUAAGAACUUUGGCUAUUAACAGUGCCGGCAUAGCUGGAGAGCCAGAAAUUGUUAAGGAAGCUACGCGUCGUUUUAAACUUUUUACCGAGAAAAAUGAUCAAUCAGUUUUGCAUCCUAACAUCCGACAAGCCGUCUAUGAGACUGUAUUAAUGCAUGGUGGCGGUGAAAAAGAAUUCGACGCAAUUUUGAACAUUUUUAGAAACGGUCCAACAGUUGAUCAAAAGCUUGCCGCAUUGUCUGCUCUUGGCUUUGUGCAACAGCCUGAAUUGGUUCAACGUGCGUUGGACUUUUCCAUUUCUUCAGAAGUUCGUCAUCAAGAUAUUCUCUAUAUUCUUAGAAGCUUGCAAACGAAUCGUAAAUCAAGAAAACCAUUGUGGAACUUUAUCAAAAAAAAUUGGGAUUUGUUCCAAGAUCAAUAUGCAAAAUCAAUUAAAUUAUUCGAAUACGUUAUUAAGUUAGUAACAGACAUGUUCGCAUCAGACGAAAUAAUAAUCGACAUAGAGAAAUUCUUUGCUGAUAAGGAUAUCAAGAACUUCAAACGACCACUGCAACAGAGUUUGGAGAAUAUUCGUACGAACAGUGCAUGGUUGAAGCGUGAUGCCAAAGAUGUUGAGAAUUGGUUAGCAGCUAACGGCUACUUAAAGAAUGUUUCAUAA